AUGAUCAUCAACAGAGAGAAAACCACUGCUUGCGUGUCUACACAUUCUAGUGCAAUCGGGGCCUCCGUUUCCGAAGGGACGAUAUUGACUCAAACCACACAACCCCCUGCAAUUGAACCCAGGAUCCUGAAGAAUGGCGGCGGCAUAUUAAGGACGAUCCAAACCGUCCGAAAAAAGCUUGUUUCGACAGUUGGCGCGGCGUCAAUGAUCUGA